AUGGAGACUGUGGAGGAGGAGACGGAGUACAGCUGGAGGGAGGUGGUGCUGCCGCAGCUCAUUCCCGUGGUGCCCGAGCCGGAUCUGGAGCGGGAACCCUUCGCCGAGCGCCGCCGCGGCCGCGACAUUCUGGUCGCCGUCGAUCACGGCCCGAACAGCAAGCAUGCCCUCGAUUGGGCCCUCGUCCACCUCUGCCGCCUCGCGGACACCCUCCACCUCGUCCACGCCGUCUCCAGUUGCGUAGAAACCCCAGCCACAAAGUCGCCCUAUUUUUCUCGAUUUCAGACCCUGCCGGCAGGUGUCCGUUGAUUUGACGGAACCUCUCUCUCUCUCUCUCUCUCUCUCUCUCUGCCCGUCUGCCCGGCAGGUGUGCACAAUCAGGUGGUCUACGACACCAGCCAGGUGCUGAUGGAGAAGCUCGCCGUGGAGGCCUUCCAGGUGGCCAUGGUGAAGACGGUGGCCAGGAUCGUGGAGGGGGACGCCGGCAAGGCCAUCUGCAGGGAGGCGGAGCGGCUGAAGCCGGCCGCUGUCGUCGUGGGCACGCGGGGCAGGAGCUUAAUCCACAGGUAGAGGAAUCAGCGACCACCCGAUGGGCUUGUCAGUCGAAUCCUGGAACCCGGACGACGGGCAGGGCGACGAUCCUGAUCCCCCUUUUCUCUCUUCUUGGCCUGACAGUGUCUUGCUUGGGAGCGUCAGCGAGUACUGCGUCCACAACUGCAGAUCUGCUCCCGUGAUCAUCGUGCCCGGGAAAGGUCUGACCCGCUCCUCCGUCACUGCCCUCGUCAAUUCCAGCUGUGCUUAGCAUUCCGAGAUUCGGCGUGUCAACCCCCCGUGUUUCCUGUGUGUUUCUGCUUCCAGAGGCCGGGGAAGGGUCCGUCAUCUGA